CCAGGGACAGGGAGGGCCCAAAUAAACAAAGUUAUCUUAAGUUCUUAACAAAUAAAAUGGCCCAAAUAUUUAUAAUUUUAUACCUGAUUCCUAAACCUCAGAACCUGAUACGGUGAGCUGAGCAGUUGAGACUUGAGAGAGGCGGAGAGCAAAGAAUCAGAGAGAGAACAGACUGAACAGUGGAGACUGGAGACUAGAGAGAGGCGGAGAGCAGAGACUAGAGAGAAAGGAUGGCAGUUUCCUAUUAUUUAUGUCCUCAAUCUCUGAGAGUGUCCUCUGGGUCCCGUCUUUUUAUUUCCAAUAGUGGCUACAGUUGGGACAACCAUAAGAAGAGGAUCCAUCAUCUUGUUUGUGCAUCCGCCAGGCAACCAGAGAAAGACCUUUGUCUUGAAUCCAAGGUUCAGACAUUGUUAGACAAUGUAAAAUGGGAUGACAAAGGUUUGGCGGUGGCAAUAGCUCAAAAUGUUGAUACAGGAGCCAUACUAAUGCAAGGCUUUGCAAACCGAGAUGCGGUUGUUACAGCAAUUUCCUCUCGGAAGGCAACAUUCUAUAGCAGGUCACGAUCGAUGUUGUGGACCAAGGGGGAGACCUCAAACAAUUUCAUCAAUAUUCAUGAUAUAUUUUUUGAUUGUGAUCGUGACUCUAUAAUAUACCUCGGGAAGCCUGAUGGGCCUACAUGUCACACAGGAUCAGAAACUUGUUAUUAUACAUCAGUUUUUGAUUUAAAAGAACACCAACAGGUUGAAGGAAAUGAGUUGGCAUUAACCACUUUGUACUCAUUAGAGUCAACAAUCUUGCAACGCAAAUCUGAAGUAGAAGCAGAACAAAGUGGAAAACCUUCAUGGACAAAACGAUUGUUACUGGACAAUCACCUUCUGUGCUCAAAAAUAAGGGAGGAGGCAGAUGAGCUGUGUCGAACACUGGAGGAGAAUGAGGAUAAGUCACGUACUGCCUCAGAGAUGGCAGAUGUCCUCUACCAUGCUAUGGUUCUUUUGGCACUUAAAGAUGUGAAGGUAGAAGAUGUUAUGCAAGUUCUCCGGCAGAGAUUUUCAAAGUCAGGUAUUGAGGAAAAGAAAAGUCGAGUAUCACAGGGCUAGGCAUGGGCUGUGUAGGCUGCCGAGUCUGUUCAUAUUCACUUUCAUGUUGUAGGCCAUUAACCAAUAAUGGAACUGGUUUGGCUCCUGGUGACUUUGUUUAAAGCUGUUUUGUUAAAGGCUGUCAAGCAAAAUUUGUUUGUAACCGUUUCCCUUUGGAAUUGUUUUGGGAAUUCAUUCAUAAUACUGUUAACUUAUUUGUAUUAAAUGGUGAAUGAAUAGAAUUUCAAACACCCAGCCUUUAAAUGUGGUCAUGGCAUAGGGUAUCUUAACUUUU